AUUUAAUCUGUUCUUUUUAGCUACACUGUUGAACUGAUAAAUAAAUUAGAGCAAUAAAUUAGAGCGAGAAAAAAUAUAUUUGUCUCAUUCUAACUUGUUGCACCGGUUCAGCAAUACGGCUAAAAAGAACACACCAAUUGAUUCAAACAUGUCCUAACCUCUCAGAGUUUGGUACAUUGCUGUGCAGUCCUUGUUGGAUUUUUUAUUCAUACGACAUUGCACGGAAACAAUCUCUUGAAUCACACAAUCGAAAAAGAUCCUCGAUACCAUGUUUUUAACGAACGCAUUAUUAAAACCGAAGAGCAAAAAUAUCCUGGUCGCGGUACAAAGUGUCAUAACCGGUCACACUCGAGUACACGUUCGAGAGAGAUUGGGCGACAAGCUUGAAUUCAUAGCCUUUGAUCCUCACAUACGAUGCAAUGCACUCUAUAAAGAAAGGAAGAAAAUACGUAGCUUGAAAUAAUAUAUACAUCUAGGUUUUAUUAUAGCUUAAACUAAAUAUAAAAGAUAAGAAUACAAGAUGGAUUAAAAAUA